ACUUCCGGCGGGUGACGGUGAGGACGGGUCAGAAGCGUAGAGGCGGCGGCAAAAUGGCGGCGCCUGAGGAGCGGGAUCUAACCCAGGAGCAGACAGAGAAGCUGCUGCAAUUUCAGGAUCUGACUGGCAUAGAAUCUAUGGAUCAAUGUCGCCAUACCUUGGAACAGCAUAACUGGAACAUAGAGGCUGCUGUACAGGACCGAUUGAAUGAGCAAGAAGGUGUACCAAGUGUUUUCAACCCACCUCCAUCCCGACCCCUGCAAGUUAAUACAGCUGACCACAGGAUCUACAGUUAUGUUGUCUCGAGACCACAACCAAGGGGGCUGCUUGGAUGGGGUUAUUACUUGAUAAUGCUUCCAUUCCGGUUUACCUAUUACACAAUACUUGAUAUAUUUAGGUUUGCUCUUCGUUUUAUACGGCCUGACCCUCGCAGCCGGGUCACUGACCCCGUUGGGGACAUUGUUUCAUUUAUGCACUCUUUUGAAGAGAAAUAUGGGAGGGCACACCCUGUCUUCUACCAGGGAACGUACAGCCAGGCACUUAAUGAUGCCAAGCGGGAGCUUCGCUUCCUUUUGGUUUAUCUUCAUGGAGAUGAUCACCAGGACUCUGAUGAGUUUUGUCGCAACACACUCUGUGCACCUGAAGUUAUUUCUCUAAUAAACACUAGGAUGCUCUUCUGGGCAUGCUCCACAAAUAAACCUGAGGGAUAUAGGGUCUCACAGGCUUUACGAGAGAACACCUACCCAUUCCUGGCCAUGAUUAUGCUGAAGGAUAGGAGAAUGACUGUGGUAGGACGGCUAGAAGGCCUCAUUCAACCCGAUGACCUCAUUAACCAGCUGACAUUUAUCAUGGAUGCAAACCAGACUUACCUGGUGUCAGAACGCCUUGAAAGGGAAGAACGAAACCAGACCCAGGUGUUGAGACAACAGCAGGAUGAGGCCUAUCUGGCCUCUCUCAGGGCUGACCAGGAGAAAGAAAGGAAGAAACGAGAGGAGCGGGAGCGGAAGCGGCGGAAGGAGGAGGAGGUGCAACAGCAGAAGUUGGCAGAGGAGAGACGGCGGCGGAAUUUACAAGAGGAAAAGGAAAGGAAGUUGGAGUGCCUGCCCCCGGAGCCUUCGCCUGAUGACCCUGAAAGUGUCAAGAUCAUUUUCAAAUUACCCAAUGAUUCUCGAGUAGAGAGACGAUUCCACUUUUCACAGUCUCUAACAGUAAUCCACGACUUCUUAUUUUCCUUGAAAGAAAGCCCGGAAAAGUUUCAGAUUGAAGCCAACUUUCCCCGGCGGGUGCUGCCCUGCAUCCCUUCAGAGGAGUGGCCCAACCCCCCCACGCUGCAGGAAGCAGGACUCAGCCACACAGAAGUUCUCUUUGUUCAGGACCUAACAGAUGAAUGACAUUUUUUCUUCCCCUCCCCUCCUACCCUAAUCCCUAAAAGAAAUGGAAAAACAAAAACAAAAAAAAACAAGAGAGAGAAAUUCAUAUUAUUAUUAUUAUAAUACAAUAUUUUUUUUAAAAGACUGCUGCAUCCUAAGGAAGGAUCAGAAACCAUGCUGCCUAAAAGAGUCACCACCUGUGUGUGCGCGCACGAGGUCAGCAAUGAACGUUUCCGCUGGCAAGCCCACCCUCCCCUACUGCCUCUGCACCACGCACCUUCCAAUGAAAGGAGACUCUUCACCUCCAACCCAGUCAUUGUCCCUACUGGGGAAGGGGACAUUCCCACUGGUUCUCAUUCGUUCUUGCUUUUAUGGAAAAUAAAAGUGAAAAAACCUCUAUCAUCCAGCUACUGCAGCAUCUUCUGAAGACUUGCUUCUCCCACCACCAGAGAAGAGAGGGAAGAGAAGGCACAGAACAGAGAUGUUCCUUGAACUUCCCACAAUUUAUAAAUAACUUCUAAAUGUUUUCUGUUGCUUUGUAAUGACCAAAGGAAUGAGGCUGAUAUAGGUGUUUUUUUUCCUUAACUUUAUUUGGUAAGAGCCAAUUCUUAAGCCCAUGAGUUCAUGCCCUGGGCUCCUUAGCCCACAAGAGUGUAAUAAAGGUGCCCUGGGCUGGUUUGUGCUUAUUUCUGCCAUUGUUCCUCUCACAUUCCCAGAGAGGUGGUUCUUUUUGGUCCAACUCUUGCUGUCCUUUCUUGCUAUCUAUGUGCCCCCCCUUCAAGUAUUGGGAGGAAAUCUGGGUUCGUUGCCCCACAAAGACCGUACAGAUAUACCCAUACAUGCAGCGUGAACUCUGUGUAUACUCACUAUACACAUGACUGCAGCUUUCCCUUGGAAUCUGUACCAGGUGGUUAUUAUGGGAUCUGAACCAAAGGAUAGCGACUCUUCAUUCCUCUUCUGACACAUGCAUGCUCUUCCUUCCCAGCCCUGAGCUUUCCUGAACUGCCAAGCUUGGUGUUUCCCAAAGGAGUAGCAGGACCUAUGGUAGAACCAGCAGAACCCCGUAAGAGUUCCCUGCCUGUCUCAGUGGGAGUGUGGUGAUGGUGGUGGUGAUUUAGGCAUAGAACUAGAAACCUUGAAGGGAGCCAAGACCGAACUCUCAGCCUGUGUAAACUGUUGGAAGGCACAUUUAGUUUCUGAUGUAGCCACCUGCUGGAGGCAGUUUUUAAUCCUCUCUAUUGCUGUGUUGAAGUAAUAGGGUUUUUUAACCUCUGGAUAUCUGUGCUGUGGUUGAGUUUAUGGUAAUGGGUACAUGGGUCAGGCCAUGUAUUAACAGAUGCCAGCAUGAACUGGCAAAUACUCCAAAGUGUUCUACAGCUAGACUGGUGCAGACUCGUAACACUG